AUGCAAGCUUUUGUGAUGUUAUUCUUAGUGGUCGCAACAUUGGUAAGCAAUGUUGUCUAUUCAUUACCCGCAGUCAAUUUUACAGAUACUGCAUUAUCAAAUCAAAUGAUUAAAACAUUGAGCGAAGCUCUCUUAAAUCAAGGCGAGCAACAGCAACAACAUGUUCGAGUUGAUUCUCGCGGCUUUUACUAUCCAUAUCCAUAUCAAAAUGUUAACUGGUACAAUUUUCCCUACUUAUGGCCUGCUGUUGCUCGUGGUCUUCUUGACCCCACAGCACCACUUGCUGGUCUUGGUGCUCAAUUAACUGGUUUAGGUACCGGUGGAUGCCCAACAGGUUUGUGUCCAUCUGGUGCUAGUUGUUCACAACUAGCUGGUCAAUGGCAAUGUGGAUCAUUCCUUAUUCUUGCACGCUAG